CAUUCAUUGUCCAUUGUAGUUUCAAUUUCAUUCAGUCAGCUGUCACGUCUGUCAUGUCAUCACAGCAGCGAAAACGAAAACUUAAAAUAUUCUAAUUGUUUUUGUGUAUUAUCUCAUUAAAUUAAAUGAGAUUUAAUGUUUCAAACAUAUGGCUUAAAUUUAAAAUAAUACAUUAAACUUAAUUUUAUUCAAAAUUUAUUAAUAAAAUAUUUAGUCUCAAAAUGAUGCAGAGCUCUGCUCAUGAUGCUGCUAUACAAACAUUGGAGGCAGCUGCCCAAAUGCUGAUGGCACCACCAAAUCUGGUGACGUCUGAGCAGCGCCAUCAAGCAGAGAGUGUAUUUCUUGAGUUCCGAAAUACCAAGAAUCCGUACCAGCUGUGCCAAGAAAUCUUAGAAAAAUCUUCUUCUGACCAAGUCCGGUUUGAAGCUGCUGGUCUAAUCAAGUCAGCACUCAUUAGAGAAUGGAGUUUGCUUUCUGAAAGUGAUAUAUCAUCUUUAAGAGAAUAUUUAUUGAAUUAUCUAUUGAGGAAGGAUGCUCCCUCAUUUCUGAGAGAGAAACUUUUACAAACCAUUGCUAUCAUAAUCAAAAGAGGUAGCAUUGAUGAUGGAGGAAGGGAGCGGAAAGCUUUACUGGGUGAAUUGGAAAAGAUAAUUCUCAGUUCACCAAUAAGUCAGCAGAGAUUGGCAAGCUCACUGAUAUUAGCCAUAAUGCAGGAAUAUGCUAUAACUGUCAAGUCUGCAGAUGUGGGAUUGAUAUGGGAAGUCCAUUUCAGGCUGAAGAAGUCUUUUGAAGCUUUGGAUUUGAAGCGUAUAUUUAGAUUUACUGUAGGUGUCUUAGAACAGAUAGUCAGAUCGGGACAUCGCCCUGAAGGGGAGCAAGCAUUAUUGACUAAGCAACUGUUGACUAUUGUAGAGACAGUAUUAUGCUGGAGUCAUGUGUCUCCAUUGUUAUCAAAGCGAUUGAUUGGUGCAUUUGAAGCAAUAUAUGAUUGUGACACUCCUCCUGCUUUACGUUUGAGUAUGAAUUGGAAAGACACAAUAAUGCAGCCGGAGCUUCUAGCUUUGUUCUUUGAAAUACAUAUGUAUGUUCGUUCUAAUCCGGAUUUAGCUGGACCAUCUUUAACUUGUCUUGUCCAGCUUGCUAGUUUAAGUGGAGUUGUAGUUUCUAUUCGUAAUUUUAAGCAACAGUACUUAGAGAAUUAUGUGAGUAGCUUUUUGAAUAUGAUGGCUUAUAUUCAGCCUGUGGAGCGGGAGAUGUUAGGAAUAGCAGAUAUUUAUCGCAGACUUAUCCAGUUCUUUACCCCGGCUAUGAUAGCAGGAACUCCUCCAACAUUUCUUCAGAAUUUGACAACAUUGACUUGUCACUGUAUCAGAGGAUCUGUUAUAGAAGAAGGAAUUAAUGACGAUACCGUAUGGCGUGAGUCACUCAAUAAAUUCUUGCACACUUGGUGUUCUAUAGUCCAUGACACAGGAUAUACAAAUGAGACACUUAUGAACCCUUGCAUAGAAAUCUUCAACACUUAUCUACAGUGUCGACUAGCUCCGCCGGAUGGAAUAAGGGGUACAGAAAAUACAGAAGAAGAUAUAAAGGAUGAUAUUGAAGAAGAUGAGCGCAAGCAACACAGCAACGUGCUUCUCACAAUAGGCGCGAUUGCGCGAAAGGCGCCUGCGCACUGCUGCCACGUUUUAUUCACUUUACUGCAGGAUAGAAGCAAGAGAUUGGAGUCUCAAUUACAACUGAUGCACAUGGGGAAGUUGCCGGUAAGCAGUGGCAACGAACUGGUCAACCUGUUUGAAGACCUCCACUGGAUUUUGAUGAUUGCUGGACAUUUCCUAGCGGUGGAUUGCACCGAGGGCGAGACAAUGAUGAUCCCGCCCGAGAUCAUAACAUACAGCAUUAGGGAGAACGCGAACAUUGACGCGUCGCUGCGGUACCUCGUUGGAGAGACCACCAAUACGGAGAACGUUGAUCCUAUUCUCAAGUUGAUCGGCGAAAUACUUCGGAUAAGUGCGUGGGAGUGCGCCGCUUUGGAAGCCGGACUGGGCAUAGUAUUUAGUCCGGAAUUGUCCGCGACCAUAUCUUGGCUACUCAAGAUAUGGGCCAACUCCUAUUUAAUGCAGCAGGCCUCGCAAUAUUCUGAGAUGUCUACAGUAUUUGAAGUCGCAUUUGGGCGAGGGAACCGCGGCGCAGAAUGGACGUGUUCUCGUUUGGCGUCGCGCGCGGCGUCCUCUCUGAGACACAUGCACACGCAGCCCGCCGCCGCCAAGCAGGCGUUGCAGUUGUUGGCCACUCUGGCGCACAUCCAGCACAAACAAAACCCACUGGCCGCGUGUGAAGAGUUCCUAGCCUUAGUAGCGUGGGAAGCGGCGGGUAACAACCUUCCUGGAGAAUUGAGGAGGGAACUUCAUCGGGCCUUCGCCAUAGCUGCUACAUAUGCUGACGGUGAAGUCCGCAACCGUCUGUUAGUGAGCACAGUGGCGCUACAAGAGAAGCUGAUGAACUUGAUCAACUCCGAGUCGGACACGGAGCCCGUGCGCAACAUGUUGGCCGACACGCUCGACUGCUUCAUCGGCAUCACUGAGGGGGUCCACGAGGUAGGUGCGAUGGACGAGCAAUUCAUGAUGCUAGUGGGGGCUCUGGAUAAAGUCCCGGGCAUCGUGUUCCGGUACCACAACUACCCCGGCGUGGUGUUGCCAGCUUUGAACUUUUUGGCCAAAAGCGCCAAGAGGAUGCUGCACUCUGUGCAACCCGCUAACGUUAAUAAGUUCCUCGAGGUUUGCAACACCACGUUUGAAGUUUAUAUUCGAUGGAAUUCAGGCAAAAUAUCUAGUAUCCCACAAGACGCUGAGGAGGAAGCAUAUGAAGACAUUUGCGCGCUGAUGGAGCUGAUCUGCAGCAUCGCGCGCUGCCGCGCCGAGCUCGGCGUCGGCGACGCGUGCGCGCGCGGGCUCAGGAUCUUGUUGCCGCUCGUGACGCCGCCGCUGCUGGCGCUGCCGACUCUCGCGCACCACGCCUACAGGAUGCUGCGGGACCUGGACCAUGCGGAACAGAUAAUAAAUCUCCCAAUCGACGAUUUCAACAUGGUAGUGACAGCCCUGCGAGUGGGUCUCACCGCAGUUUCGUGCGACGUGUCCACUCUCUGCUGCGACACGAUAGUAGGACUCUCCAACAAAGCCAGAACACUGGGCGAAAACAACCCUUACGCGCUAUCCUUACUUAGCCUGGCGGAAUUACUUCUCAUGCUCAUCAUCAAAAUGGAAAUCCCUCCAGAUUCCAUCCCCGCCGCCGGUGCUGCCAUCUACGCGUUAACUUGCGUCAAACCAGCGUUACUAGAGGGCUUGGCUCGUCAGCUGAUCGAGGCAUUCGCGGCAAACGACCCCACAAACGUCCCUAGACUUGAAGAAGCUUUCGGCGUUUUAACUAACGGAGUCUUAUUUGACGGUCUUCGUCCACACAAACUCCGUUUUCAGGACAACUUCGACAAAUUCCUCGCCAGUGUCCACGGUUUCCUUAUUGUGAAAUAACUAAAUAUUUCUUUCAUGAUUUGCGUAAAAAAUCAACGUUUCGUCAACGGCAGCGGCAGUAUCCGCCGCCUGCUGAAGGAAUACGUCGAUGGAUUACAAGAAUUGAAAUUAUAAAGACUGAACGUGUCUUCGACAUUGAGCUUGCUUGCUGGAUACCAAAUCGUGUUUAAGGAUGGUUUCAAUCAUGCUAGUUAACGAACCAAAUUGAAGACUUAUUUAUUUUGAGGGCUGGCUUUUAACAUCAGUCAAGUUUUUACCACUUUUUCUCCAUAAAAUAUUGGCUAUGGCAAUCACUUUAUCAUAAAACUAUGAUAUGCCCUUUUCCUGCUCCUUGAAAGUCAAUUCGAAAGCGAAUAGAGUUAAAUCAGCAAAAAAUAGAUUCAGUUUACACAAAUCUGUAAAAUAAUUUCGAUUUUCUUCUUCUUCUUCAUAGUCGUAUUCCUCAUGGCUGAGGGUCGUGGUCAUUACGUGGAAUGAAACACACACAACAACUUUCUUGGAUUAAUGGAGUGGUUUGCCAUUGCCUUCUCCAUUUCACACACAAGUUAAUUAUAAUCAACCAGUGUGCAGGUUUCCUCGCGAUUUUUUCCAUCACCGUUUAUGUAUUAAAAAUUGCGUGUGUAAAAUUUUACUCAUGUUAACCAGCCCAUGUUUUGUUUAUUAGGACGUGAAUUUCAUACUCGAAUCGACUUGUCCGUGUUUGGGCUGUGCACACACUAUUGUGUUUAGAGGUUUAAAUGUUAGUCGCCAUUUAGUGUUAUCGAUAGUCGGUUUUUUGACUCGAUAUUUGGCCUAACAUACAGGGUGCUUACGACUCCGGUAAAUUGACUGGCUAAUUUUACUAUAUCUUCCGUUAUUAUUAAGAGGCUAUUAUCUCAUGUGUCCAAUCCAGUAUCUUUUCCCCAACAAGAGUACGUUUAUAUUAUUAAAUAGAUGUUUUAUGAUUAAGAUUUCCUUAGUCAAUCUAUUCGAUCGAUUUUUUAGUCCAUUAUCGACAUGUUUCUGCAAUGCUAAAAUUACGCAAAAUGCGUGACAGCGUCUAUGGUAUUACGCAUUUAACAGAUGUAAUUUGAAUCAAGUAUUACGAUUUUUGUGAAGUAUAUGUAUGUAUUUUAUCUUAUGUUCACAACGAAAUAUACUGUUUAUCUAUAUAAUGUGGUUGUGAAUGAGAAAUGCAGAAUUAAUGGUCUACUGUGGUUUUUCAUAUUUCUUAAUUAAGUCCAAAAUGUACACUAAGUACCUACAUAUGGCUAGUUAGAAGAAUUGUGAUUUAUAUUGUGCUAAGUAUUUUGACACUUGCGUAUACAUUUUUCUUAGGAAAUUCAUAAGUAUGGACGAUUCUAUUCUUUAGGUCUUUUAGUCCGUCUUAUAAAUAUUUCAGAUAUCUUCAAUCUUUCCGUAGAUAUUCUUCAAUUUCCAGAGGAUAAAUUGAUUCAUUUUAAAAUGUGAAUAAUUUGCAUCUAAUAAUUUCCUUCGAUUAUCUUCCGUAAUUUUAUAAUAGGUAAAAGUAAAUGCACAUUUAGUAUUAUUCUAUUAAAAUAAGUAGAUUUUUGUUUUUUUUUUUGCCUAUACCAGGAUUUUAGAGGAACAGGCUCGCACCUGAGACCUUAUCACAUUAUAAUCUUAUGGAAAACAUAUAUGACUCCUUCGUUUACUUAAAUAUUUGAAGAUGGUUCAAAGUCAUUGUAUUUCAAAUCAAAGCAUUAGAUAAUAUAAAAUCGAAUGGUAUUAUUUCGAAAAAUGCUUGUAAUGUCUGGUUCUCUUUUAUAUCAAUCAUAAUCAUACAUCGUGUGAUCGGUGUUUAAAUUCCCAAGAAUACAGUUGUCAUGAAACAUUGUUUUGCCAAUGUAGAAAAAGGUAUUCUUUAUAAAAGUUAUGUAAUUUUCAAUUUUUCUGCAGUAUUCCCCGAAUAUCUUUGUUAAUACAGCCACUAUAAUUUCUAUAAAGUCUGACAUUUGAUGUUAUAAUAUUUAAGUAUUAAAUUAACAGGCGACCUAUUUGAUGUUAUAAAUUAGCAACUAAGUAUUAACUUCAACUGACGACCUGUACAUAUUGCCAUGAUUACCGUAGGCCAAGCUCGAAAAUUUGUUAUGUUAACCAUAUUUGCUAAGAAUAUAAACCAGCGCAUGCAAAAGUCAGCCUUAAGAUUAAUUUUUAAGUGAUAAUGAAAUGUGGAAAUAUUGAUAGAAAGUCUGGGAGCAGAUGCCCGUUUCUAACUAGCUCCUUAACUUGGAGAGAAUUAAAUGCUCACUGAAGUAAUUGUGUCAGGAUAAAUACUUUUCAUCUUGUUCGUAAGCAAAUACGGUCGAAAAUAAUUUUCAUACUCGGCCUACUGUUUAUGAGACGUAAGGUCGUCUGUUAAAGGUUAAUCGAGCUUUACGUUAUCGUUUUUACGUUAAGUUUAUUAUGAAUAUUAUAGUUGCGUUGUAUUUCCGCCUAGGAAUAUAGGUAUAAUUCAAUUCCAUAAGGGUGUCCGAAAAUAAAAGUCACAAUUGAAAAAGUUAUGUUGAUUAAGUCAAUCUAGUGCGUGAGCAGCUAAGUUCAGAACCACCAUUAUGUUAAGGUGCGUAUAUAAUAAACAUGAAGCUUUAAACAGUACUGGAGCCCGCACUGCUAAGAACUUUUUGGUGCAAAGUACGAUCGGCAAAAGUUCAUACAUAGUUUUGAAUCUUAUACCUAGUGAAUUACCCACAUAGCCUACCGUACAUAAUAUUGUUGUGUACGUUGUACCGCCAUAUAUAAACUUUGCAUUAUAUAAGAGGUCGAGCCACUAAUGAAAGAGGUAGCAAUAUAUACGUACCUAGCAUCAAAAGCCCUUGGGAGUGCGACCUCCAGUCUUAUCUAUCUAUAGCUUCAUGGUACUAAACGAGCUUUGGUACAAAUGCACCUUAAAAUGCACUCUCUCUGUACUUAGUAGUUAUAUCCAGAUUCGUAUCAUAAAUGGAAUAGUAGUAAACCUCUUAUAAAAUAUUAAGCUAAGCUGCAUUUUGUAAAUACUCAAUUAUCACCUUACUUGGUGCAUUAUUCAUUAUUUCAAAUAUUGUCAGUAUCCCAAUAAAGAGUUGUACAAAUUUUAUAAA